AUGCUUGAAAGGCGUAAUGUAUAUAACAGUAAAGAGAAAGGAUGCCAUUUGAAUAAAAGACUUGUAAGAAAAACGAAAAAUAAAAAAACAGGAAAGUAUCUUAAAACACCUUUGAAUAUAUUUGAAAGAAAUAAUAAGACCAUAAACUUAUUAAUUACAGAUGAUAUAUCUAGAUUAAUAUAUAAUAAUGAAAUAAAAGAAAAAGAAGAUACAUUAAAAGAGGAUUAUAAGAAUAUUAUAAGAAGUAAUAGUUAUGUAGUUCGAUUACAUAAUUUAUAUAAUGAAUUUAAAUUUGAUGAUUGUUUAAAUUAUGGUCUAGAGAAUUUAUUAAAAUUAAAAAAGAAUGAUUAUAUGUCAAAAGUGGAAUUUUUAAGAAUUAUAGGGAAUAUAUAUUUUCAUUUAGAGAAAUAUAAAUAUAGUGGUAUAACAUAUAUGUUAUUAUGUAAUAUAUUAAAUAGAAUUAAUUAUGAUGAAUAUAAAGUUGAAAUUUGUUAUAAUGCUGGUGUUGUAUUUAUAAAAUGUUUUUUACAAUAUAAUGAUAUAAAUUUUUAUAUUAAUGCAAAAAAUGCUUUACAUUAUUCUUUAAUAUAUAAUGAUAAAAGUAAUAAAUAUUACAAUGAUCAUAUUUAUUAUAAUACUCUACGUAUAUUAAAACAUCAUUUUCCAAAUAAUUUUCUUCAUAAAAUUAAUAAAAAGAAAAAAUUAUCAAAUUAUUGUAAUAAAGAUAUAACUACAAGUGAUCAAAGCUUAACACUUCAAAGUAGUACCUAUUUAUCUGAUUUUAGUGUUGAUGAAUUGAAAAAAGAAAGAAAAAAAAAUAAAAAAAAUAAGAAAAAUAAGAAAAAUAAAUUGUUACCUUUAAAUAACAAUCAAGAUGGUGAUUAUAUCUCAAUUACUUCUUCAUACCUUUAUAAAAGUAUGAGCAGUGUAGAAGACAGCUUAUCACGAUGUAAAGAUUAUUCUAUAGAUGAUAGAAAAAAUAAAAAAAGUGGAAAAAUGAAUAUUUCAUUAUAUGAUAAAGAAAAUAAGACGAAUGAAAAAACUGGUACUUUAGAUGAUGAGGAUUCUUCUUUAAUAAUGUUGGAUCCAGCACCUUCCAAAGCUUCUAAUAUAUAUUUAAAUAAUUUUUUAAGUUAUGAUAAUAAUAUGGAAAGGACCAAUAAAAAAAAUAAUAAUAAUAAUAAUAAAAAUAAUAAUAAAAAUAAUAAUGAUCUGAUAACAUUUCGAAGUGACGAUCGACUAACCAAUGUGAGAAACCAUGACACUUAUAUUAAUAAUAUAGAAAAUUCACUCAACACAUGCAAUAUUAACAAUUUUGUUCAAAGUAAUAAUUUAAAAAAUAAUGCAAAUGUCAUGACUAAUAAGGAUUUAAAAAAUUGUGAUAAUAAUAAUUUACACAAUUUAAUAAAUAAUAAUUUGCAAAGUGUAAUAAAUAAAAAUAUAUCAAAGGUAACGACAAUUCCUCAAUCGAAUGCAAAAUGUAGUUCCUUGACAAAUGCUACAAAUAAUACUUAUGGUAGUGUUCCAAAUAAUUUAUAUAAUAACACCUUAAAUAAUAUAUUUAAACGUAAACAGAAUGUUACCUUUAAUAAUUCUUCAAAUAUAUUUAGAAGUUCUUCAAAUAAUUACUUUAACGAUUCUAUAUACAAACUAAAUUUAACUGAUGAUAAUUCUAUAAAUCAUCAUGUAAGUAAUAAAAAGUUUUUAGAUGUAACAACAAAAUCUGAAUCUAUUAUAAAUAAUGAUAUAAUAUCAAAUGUGGUUAAUAGCCUAAACCUAAACAGAUUAAAUGAUGUAACUGUAAAUGGUCAUAAUAAUAUAACACAAAAUAUGUCACGAGAAAUAUAUAAAAAUGUAUUACCUUCAGAACAAAAUUAUCUACCUAUCUCUGAACACAAUAAUUUUAAUAACCACUUAAUAAUUAAUUCAGAUGGAAAUAGAUAUAAAGAUGUGUCUGCAAGUUUUGAAGAGAAUACAAAUCAAAAUGAGUCUUCUGAUAUUAUUCAUAAAUCUAUGAUACAUAUUAAUAAUAAUUUAAGAAAUAAUGUUAUUAAUAAAUCACAAAGUUAUGAUAUGAAUACUAAUAAAAGUGUAGGGCUUUUUAAUUAUAAUGAAGGAAAUAAUGUAAAAAAUUCUCAACCUGAUACUAUUCCUAUUAUACCUAUUAAAGGUAUGAAUAAAUUAUCAAACAUAACAAUGAAUAGAUCAUCAAGUAUGACAAUGAAUAAAUUAUCAAACAUAACGAUGAAUAAAUUAACUAAUAGUGUUGUUAAAUUACCACAAAUUAAUUUUAAUAAUAAUCAUAAAUUAAACUCUGUCAAUAUAGAACAGGGUGGAUCCAUCAAUGUCACUUCAAGUGAUAUGAUGCAUGUAAAAAAAAAUAUAUUUAACAAUAUUCCAGAAAAAACUGCUUUACAUUAUGAACAAAAUGUUAUGUUGAAUAGUUAUCAAAAUAUUAACAUGAAUUGUUCAGGUCAAAAUGUGAAUAGUAACAUGAAUUGUUCAGGUCAAAAUGUGAAUAUUAACAUGUCAUAUCAUAAUGUUAAUAUUCCGGAUAAACCUAUAAGUGUGAGUAUUCCAGAUGAAGAUAUAAGUGUGAGUAUUCAAGAUAAACCUAUUAAUAUUUCAAAUAAAGGACAAAAAGGUUUGCAUAAUAUACUAGACAACAAUUUAAAUAACAUUUAUAAUAAUAACGAAAAAAUUGUAACAAAUAAGAGGCUCUCAUUUUCUAAGAGUUAUAUAAAAGGUAUGCAAUUAAAAUCUGAAGAAAGUAUAGAAAAAGAGAAUAAAAUUAAUUAUGGAUUAAAUGAAUAUAACAGUUUUUAUAAGGACCAUUUUAUAGAAACCAUUCCAUCACAUGAUAGUAGUAGAAAGAGUCAUGAUUAUGAUAAUAUACAAUUAGUAAAAGAAAAAGAUGUGGAAACUAAAAUGUGUAUGGACCAUAUAAAAGGUAAAAAUGACAAAGAAGAUAAUAAUAAUGAUAUAUCUCUAAAAAUUAAGGACAAUAAUAGUAGUAUAGACAAAUCAACAUAUGAUACUAACAAUACAGAUGAUGAAUUUUUAAAUGAUUUAUUACAAGAUAAUUAUUUAAAAAAAUUGAAUGAUAGAAAUAUUAAAAAAAUGAUGGAAGAAAGAGAAAAGAAUGUAUGUAAAAAUAUAUCCACUAAGAAUAAGAAGAAAAUUAUUUUAAAUAUUUUAAAAAAGGUCUACUCCAAAUAUGAACAUAAAUUAUCAAAUGAAUAUUAUAAUAUAUAUAAGUUGAAAAAUCAAGAAAAGGACAAUAAAUAUGUUCUAAAAAAUAAGAGCUUAAUGACAUUUCUAGAAAAAAUUUUUAGAAUUUGUAAAAGCUUUGAAGAAAAUAAGAAUAACAAGAUACAAUUUAUUGAUGCGAAUACAUAUAAAAUGAGAAAAUUAAAAAAAAUAAAAAAAAUGAAAAAAAUGAAAAUAAUGAAAAAUAUAAAAAAUAUACAAAAUAUACAAAACAAUAUAUACAAUAAUAAAUAUAAAUAUAUCUACAGCUUUGAUAAUAUGCAAAGGAAUCAUGAUGAAUUAUUAUCUAUACAAUCUAAUAGUAUGGAAUGUAUUACAAGGAAACAUCAAAAUGAAGAGGAUCAUUCUUUAAAUGAAUGCAACUCAAAAUGUAUUAUUAAUCGUAAUAAUUGUGAUGUGAACAAUAAUAAAACGUUCAUUGAUUUUAAAGAUGAGAAUAUAUUUUUAAAAAGAUCAAGUUAUGAUUUAUCACACCAUCAAAGAUAUAUAAAUGAUAAGGAUAAUUAUAGAGUGAUGUGUGAUAUGAGAAAUGAAGGAACAAAGAGAAAAUAUAUAAAUGAUGAAAUGAAAGAUGAAAAUAUAAAUUAUGAAUAUUUUAUAAAAUUAUAUAAUGAAAUAAGAAAUGAUAUAAAUGAUAAUAAUGAUAAUAUUGAUACAGUAAAUUAUAGUCAUAUGUCUAAUAAUUGUAAUAAUAGUCAUAAAUGUAUUUAUUAUGAAGACAAAUUAUAUAAAGAAAAAAAAGAAAUAGAAGAAACUGUACAUAUAAAUAGCAAUAAAUAUAAUAAAAAAUUAAUAAGAGACAAAGUAAAAAAGUUAAGUUCUUAUAAUAAUCCUAUUAUUAACAAUAUAUCUGAUAAAUUUAUAUAUGAUAUAGAGAAAAUAUUUCUAAUGAAGAAAUAUUCAUAUUUAAUAAAAGGAUUAAAGAAAAACGAAAAUAUUAAACAUAUAUAUUAUUUAUAUCAAAAUAUGUAUGAUAUUACAUAUAAAUUAGAUCAUAUGAAUAGUAGUAAUUUUUUUAAUAUUUCUUCUUAUAUAACAGAUAUAUUAUUAUUAUCAGAAAUAAAGGAGAAGGAUAUAUUAAAAAAAAAAAUAAAUAAAAUUAAAUAUUCCUAUAGAAUGUUUUAUACAACUACAUCUAAUAUUAAUAUGAAUAAUAUUGUAAAAAAAAUAAUGGAAAAUAUGGGUUCUGUCUCUGGCAUGAGAAAAUAUGUAUCUAAAGUUGAGGACGAUGUACAUGUUUGUUUAAAUAUGAGAAGGAAGAGAAGAAUAAUAAAAUGUAAAGAUAAAACCAACAACAACAACAACAAUAAUAAUAACAAUAGUAAUAAUAAUAUAAAGGAUAGUUCAACAACGACUGUGAAUAAUAGUGAUAGUAAUUCAAAUAAUAAUAAUAAUUGUUAUAAUUUUAAUUAUGUUUUUUAUAAUAAUAAACGCAUGUGGAAUAAUUUACAAAAUAAUCCUAUUAAGGAUAAAGAUAUUUUAAAAAAUGACAAUAAAAAGAAUAAUAGUUCUGAUUGCAAAGGAAUUAAAAAUAAAGAAGAUGUUAUAAAAAGAGAAAGUAUAAAGAAUAAUAAUAAAUAUGAUAAAAAGAAAGAUGAAGAGAAUGCUGAAAAGAAUAAUGAAGAUGCAGGUCUUUCAAGUCAUUCCACUGUUGUAGGUGGAGAUAUUAAAAAAAAAACAAAGAAAGAAAAUUUAUAUACUGGAUAUAAUUGUGCUAGAGAAGAAUUAUUAUAUGAAAUGAAAAAAGAUGAAAAUAAAUAUAUAGGAUUUGAAAGAUUAUAUGAUUAUUAUAAUGAUAACAUAAAUAUAUAUGAUAAUAAUAAAAAGAAAAAAAGAAAGAAUCAGGAUAAAUUUAUUUUAAUGUUGUUUUAUUAUCACAGUAAUAUGUUGAAAGAUAAUAAAUUAUAUAAUAUUAUAUUUGAUGUGAUAACAUAUUUUCUUUAUAAUAAUAUAAUUACAAAAAGGAAUGCUCAUAAGCAUAUAACAUUAUUAAAAAUAUAUGAACUUUUUAUAUUAAACAAGUAUAAAUAUAAAAAGGUAUUAACUUUUUUUUUUCAUGAUGUAGAAGAUAAUAGUAUUGAGAAGAAUAAUAAGAAUGAAGAAAUUGAUUAUAUAAAAAAUAUAUGUGAUUCAGAUAAUUAUUUAGAAUUAAUACAUUGUCAUUUAUUUAUGUUACGUUUAUUAUAUAAAUGUUAUAUGAAUAAAUUAAAAAAUAAAUAUAUAUAUGAAAAGAUAAAUUUACAGUAUAUUAUAAAUUAUACAUUCACUAUAUUAAAUUGUUUAUUAAUAAAAUAUAGUUAUAAUAAAAAUAAUAUGGAAGUAAGAAGACGUGUAUUAUUUUUAUUUGCUGAAUUUUUAUAUAUAAAUUCUAAAUAUUAUUAUAAAAAUAUAUUACACUUUUUGGAAAAAUAUAAUAUAGAUUAUAUAAUAAAAAAUGAAAAGAAUGGAAUGCAAAUAAAUCAUUCUAAUUAUAAUGAAAAUGUGGAUUAUUCCAUGAUGAAUAGUUUUAAUGAUAAUACAUCUAUAGAUAUGAGAAAAUUAGACAAUAAAAGACAACAUGAAGAUUUUCAUUCAGAUGCAAUAGAUAACAGAAGAAAUAAAAAGAAUUAUAGAAUAAAAUAUGAAGAUUUACAAAAUUAUAAAAGUGAUGAUUAUUAUAAUGAGAUAAAUAAUAAUUAUGCAUUAAAUAAUAAUAUACAUAUGUGUCAUCCAUAUGAAAAUAGAGUACAUCAAAGUUAUCCUGUUCAAAAAAAUGUAGAAAAAAACAAAAAUUAUGAUGAUAACAUAUAUAACAAUAUUUCAUACAAAUAUAAUGAUUUUAUUACAAAUAAAUCGUCAUAUCGUAAUAAUAAUAUAAUAUCUAAUGAUGGAUCAAUGAAUUAUGAAUAUGAUACAUAUGAAGAUGCAUAUAUAAAUGAGUCAAAUAAUAAUACAUAUGAAAAUAUUUAUAAAGGUAGUAGUAUAUCAUAUAAUGUUGAUUAUUUUAAAGAAAUAUAUACAAAAAUAUAUGAAAAUAUUAAUAUAGCUUUUUCAUCUUUUUUAAAAUGUUAUCAUAAAUGCUUUUUAAUCUUGAAUUUAAAAUUAUAUGAAAAUAAUAUGUUCAAAAAAAAUAUUAUAAGAAAAAUUAAAAAAAUAGUUUAUUUUAAUAAUAGUCUUUAUAGUAUGUUAUAUAUGAAGAAAUUACCAUGUAACAAGAUAUACAAUUAUGUAUUAAAUGAAAUAAAUUAUAAUUUAUAUAAUAAAGAUAUUUUUAAUAAUAAAUCUUCUUUUUUUCAAAUUUUAAAAGAAGAUAUUAUUAUUUAUCAAGUUUAUAAACAAAAUGAAAACUAUUUUAAAAAUAUAAAUGAAAAUAAUAAUAACAAUAUAUAUAUGCAUCAAAAAGAUAAUAUCUAUCAAAAGGAAAAAAAUAUAAAUCACCCCAUAUUUAUAACCAGCCAUUUGUAUAAUAUAAAGAAUCCAAAUGAUAUACAUAACAUUUUAAUUACAUUUCAUAAAUAUCUAAAAAAUAAAACUAAUUUUGAUGAUUCAAAAAGACAAAAAUAUAAAAUGAAUAAAAUGGAAAAGAAUUUUAUUAUAUUAAGACAUACUUAUAUAUAUAUAAAAAAUAAAAUAUGUAAUGAAAUCAAAAAUAAUAAUAUCAUAAAUUUAUAUAAGAAAGCAAAAAAAUAUGAUGAAAAUUUUAAUUCCACUAUUGAUUAUUUGCAUUGUUUAUUUGAUUCAAGAUUUUAUAUGAUAACAUUAAAUUAUUAUUUACAAAAAUUAAUUAUAAAUUUUUUAAAUGAUUCUAUAUAUUUUAUAAUGAAAUAUGAAAAGAAGAAAAUAUUCUUUUCUCUUAUAAAUAAUAUGAUGAAUAUAUACAAUAUGAUAUUUUCUAUAUUUUAUUUAAGAUUAAAUGCAUUUUCUGAUUUUUCAACAAAUAAAUUAAAUACAUAUAUAUAUAAUUGGAACAAAAAAAAUAUAUACUCCUAUGAUGAUACACAUAUAUAUAAUAUGUUUAAUCAGUUUUCAUUUAUUAAUUAUAGAUAUGGUUGUUCCUAUGAAUUCAUAAAUUAUAUCUUUACGUCUUUCCAUGUUAUCACGAAUUUCUUGGUAAAUAUAAAUGUGAAUACACAAAUGGGUUAUAGAAAAUAUAUAGGAAGAAAAAAAAAUAUAAUUCAUAUAACAGAUGAAUAUAUAAAAAAUAAGGAAUGUGACAAAAAUGUUAUAAAAAAUAAACAAAAAAAAGUGUAUUUAAAAAAUGGUGGUAGUGAAGAACAUAUAAAAUAUAAUAAUAUAUUAUAUAAUAAAGAAGAAGCAACAAAUGUGUUUAUACCUUUUAAUAAAUUAGAAAAUAAAUUAGAAAUAUAUAUGAGGAAACAAAAAAGAAGCAAUCGAAAUAUAAAACUAGAAACAAAUAUAUUAAAUAAUAUAUAUAUUGAUAAAAUUUACAUAUAUCGAAUUAUAAAACAAAUACAAAAAAAUGUUAAUAAAAAUGGAGUUUUCAAAAUUGAUGAUAAUUAUCUUGACGAAAAAUUAGAAAUGCAUAUGGAUAAAUAUUAUUCUUAUGUUACAAAUAAUAAUAAAACAUAUAAAAAUGAAAAAGAUAAAGAUAAAGAUAAAGAAAAGAAAAAAAAAAAACAUAUCAAUUAUGGAUUAAUAAAAAAUAUCUUAUUAAAUAUAAAUGGUAAGGCUGAACAAAAUAUAAUAAAUCAUUCAAAAAAAUGUAGAAAGAAACUAUGGAGAGAUUUUCUUAAAAAUAAAUCUUACAAUAAAGAAAUUUCAAAUAUAAUAUAUAAUCACAGAAGUGCUGAUAAUAUAAUUAAUAAAAUACAUAAAUAUUUAUAUUUCAAUGUAAGUAGUAACGAUUAUAUUAAUAAUAAUAAUUUAUGUUAUAUAAGAAGAUGUGCUAAAAAUAUAAAACUGUUAAAUCAUUGUAAUUCUAUAUUUAAAAAUAGGAAUGAUCAAAAUGUUAUGUAUGACAAUUUUAAAUAUAAUAAUAAUAUGGAACACAAAUUAAUAUUAAAUGAUUAUAUUAAGAGAUAUAAAAGAAUUAUAAAAAAGUAUAAUAAAUUAAAAAAAAUAAAAAGACAAAUAAAAUUUGAAAGAAAUAAUAUGUCAGUUUUUACAAAUGUAGCUUUAAUUAAUAGAAGCUAUAAUAAAUUGUAUACAUCUAUAUGUCCUACAUUUUCUCAUAUUUUAUUUUUAUUAAUAUCUAUAUUAUAUGUUGAAAAUUAUAAUAUUUUAUAUAUAAAGAAAUCUCCAGAUUUUUUUAUGAUCAAUGAUAUAUAUAAUACAUAUUAUAUAUUUUUACAUAUAUCUAAUAGUAUAAUAUUAUUGUCUUCUUCUCCUUUAAGAACCCAUUUACAUUUUAAUCCUGUGGUUUAUUUAGAUAAAGAAUUUUAUAAACCAAAAAUGCCAACAACGAGAGUAGAGAAGGAGCAAGAUAAAAAUGAUAUAGAGAAUGCAUUAUCUGAUGUAAAUAAAAUGAAAAGUAAAAAGUUAAAUAGAAUCACUUCAAACGGAAUGAAUAAUAUUAAUUUUUUUGGAGUUGAUAAUAUGUUGGAUCUAUCAAAAGGUAAUAAUAUUAUAAAUAUGAAUAAUAAAGGGAUAAACCAAAAUGAUAUGUUUGAAAGUAUUCAUGAGAAUGAUCACAUCGAUGAUCACAUCGAUGAUCACAUUGAUGAUCAUUUAUAUGAUAAUUAUAACAAUCAGACUGAUUUGUUUUAUAAUAAUAAAAAGUGUUCACUGGAACAUCAUAAAAUAUAUGUAAUCUAUUUAGAUACUCUUUUAAAUUUUGGUUGUAUGAAUAUAUUAUUAAUAACAAGAAGAAAACAUAAUAAGAAAAUCAAGAUGAAGAGAAAUAAAUAUAUUUAUAUAUUUUGUAAUAUUAUUGAGAAUUUAUUACAGAAUUGUAUUUUUUAUAUAGAUUUAUAUAAUAGUAGUAAAUGUAAGAGUAAUAUAUUAGAUAUGGAUGAUAUAUAUAUAAGAUUAAAUAAAUAUUGUAAAGAUAAUAAUAUGAUAGAAUAUUAUGAUUCAAUGAAGCAGAGUUUAAUAUAUCAUUAUUUUUAUAAAUAUUAUAUUGUAGAUGAAUAUAUUAAUAAUUUCUCUAUACAAAGAAAUGAAUUAUAUAACUUAGAAAAAUGUUCCUUGAAUAUAUUUUAUUUUUCAAUGAAUAUUUUAUUAACAAUAUUUAAUUCAGAUAUAUCUAUACAUUUAGAGAGAUCAUUAUAUAAUAUAAAUUAUUUUCAUCAUACAAAUUUAUAUUAUGAUAUUAUAAUGAAUAAUAUAAAGAAAACUAUUACAUAUAUAUAUGAUAGUAAUAAAUCAUCUUUUAAUUCUAUUGUUACUUGUGUGCUUUAUUAUCUCAACAUUUAUAGGAAAAACAAAAAAAAAUUAACUAUAAAAAGUAAUGACAAGAAUGAAAAAGAUAAUAUUAAAAAUGUACAUUUAUUAACUAAGGUUUUAAAAUAUGAUGAUGUUAAAAAUAAUAUUGAAGAUGAGGAAGAUAAAAAAAAGAAAAAUAUUAUUAAUGCUGAUACUUCUGGAUUUUCUUUAAAAAAAACUAUAUUUCAAAGACUACAAAAGGUGAUGGGUUCAUCAAAUAAUUAUAAUAAAAAUGAAGUUAUUGAUAUAGAUUGUGAACAAAAAAAUGUUCUAGAAAUAAAAAAAAAAUAUGAAAAAAAUGAAAACAAUAAAAAAAUAAAGAACCCAAAUAAUCAUUUUAUUGAUCAUUUUAUUGAUCAUUUUAAUGAUCUUAAAUAUGAAACAAAAUAUGGAAAAAAAAUUAUUAGUUCUAUUAUAUAUGAUAUGAUUUUUCCUUAUUUAGAUCUAACCAAUAUAAGAGUUCAAAAUAAAAUACAAAGAAGAAAUCAUAGUAUAAAUAGUUUAAUAAAUAUUUGUUAUUCAGUAUUAUUUCAUAAUUUUUUAUUUAUUAAAUCAGUAUAUCCAUUCGACAUGUUAACAAAAGAAAAAGGAGAAGAAGAAUUAGAAGAAAAAAAAAUAAAAGUAAAUAAAUAUAAUUAUGAUAUAUUUAAUAUGAAAAUGUUCAAUAUUAAAGCAGUCGAAUUAUUUUUAUCAUUAUAUAUUCAUAAGUAUAUGCAUAAUAUAUGUUUAGAUAUAAAAAAGUUGGUUGAUUAUAAUAUGUAUAUGAAUCAUUUCUUUUGGGUAUUUAAAAAAUGUAAUAUAUCCAUAUGUCAUAAUGAUUAUAUAUAUUUAAAUUAUAAAUUUAAUAAUUUGUAUUACACCUUUAAUGAUUACAAUGUCUUGCAGUUCUUGAUAAAUUUUAAGAGAUCCAAGAGUGAAGGAAAAGAAUUUAUGAUGUCGUUUGUUAAAAUAUUUGAAGAAAAGAUAUGUCUAGAAGAAGAAAUAGGAUUAGACUAUAUAGACCCUCUUAUUUUUAAUAUUUUUCUUGAUUAUAUGAAGGAUGUAUAUAUGACAGAUGAAUAUUAUUUUGUGUGUUUCUAUGAAUAUACAAAAAAUGCAUACAACGAAAAAAACGAAAAAAUAUUUAGUCUUGAUGACUGUGAUUGUUAUAUGGAUGAACUGAAUGAAUUGAACCCCUAUCUCAUAAAAAUGGAUACAAAAAAAAAAUUAAAUGAUGAUAUAUAUAUGACAUAUUUAAGAUUGAUUGUUAAAGAAAAUAUAAAUUAUAAAGAAUUAUGUGAUGAUAAAUUUGAUGAUAAAUUUGAUGAUAAAUGUGGAUAUAUAUAUAGAGACCAAUUAAGAAAUGGCAAAAAAAUUGUUCCUAUUGAUGAAAGAAGUGAAAAUAAAAUUUUUUAUAAUAAAUACAAAUUAAUAAAUAAGAAAAGGGGAAGGAAUAUAAAAGAAAAAAUAAGAUUAAUAUUAAAUAAUGAUCCUAAUAGAUUUAAAAAGUUUUAUAUAUAUUAUAAAAAGAGAACAUUUAAUAUAAUAAAUAAGAAGAAUAUAAAUUAUUUAGAUUUAGUAAGAAUAAUGAAUAGAAAACAUUAUAAUCAUUUUAGUAAUAUAUUUUUUAGUUCGUUUGUACAUAUAAUGAGUGAAAUAAAAUAUGAUUAUAAUAAAACAUAUAAUUUUAAUAUAUUAAAAAUAUUAGAUAAAUUAAAUGUAGGUUUAAAAGCAUCUUUUUAUAAUAAUAAGAAUAUAAUAUUAUAUUAUUAUACAUUUCAACAAUAUUUUUAUUUAUAUAAAUUUUUAGAAGAUAAAUAUUAUUCAGAAUGUGUGUUAUCAGAAUAUUUAUUAUUAAAUAUAAAAAAUAAUAAAUUGAUUGAAAAUGAAUUAUAUAAUAAUGAUUUGUAUAGGAUGUAUUAUUAUAUUAAAUUUUUAUAUUUAUAUGAUAUAUUAAGGCAUACAGAUAUAUUAUUAAAUUUUUUAAUUUAUAUAUAUUAUAAAUAUUUUUAUUAUCAUUCUAAAGGUAUUGAUCAAAACUUUUUACAUUUUAUUCAUUUAUUUUUAAGUAUACAUGAAGAAUCAUAUAAUAAUAGUCUUACUACAAUUGAUGGAAGUAAAACAAAAGAAAAUAAUAUCGAUAAUACAUUUCAGAAGGAUAUAUUUGUAAGAAAUUUAUUUGUUCCUAUAGAUGAAUGUAAGAAUAAGAAAUUAGAAAAUAAUAAAAAAAAUUAUAUUAAUAAUAUUAUAAAUGAUGGUACUGUUUUAAAAGGCCAUAUUAAUAAAAACAAUGAAAUAAAUGAAAUAAAUGAUGAUAAAAAUUGUGUGAGUAUAAAACAAUAUAUGAUUAAAGAUAAAUCAUUAUAUAAUAAUGAAGAAUGUAGUAGAAAUGAUAAUGAUGAUGAUGAUAAUAUAAAUAAUAUAUAUAAAGAUCCAAAUAAUUAUUAUUUAGUAUUAUUAAAUUCUCAAAAUAGAUAUGUACAAAUAUUAUUUUAUAAAGUCUUAUGUAACUUUCUAAAAUGUAAAGUACAAACAUUGAAUGCUAAGAAUUUAUUUAAAAACGUAAACUUUUAUUUAUCAUCAUUUGUUAUAUAUUCAUUUCUUAAUACAUAUAAUGAGGAUGAUAAUUUGUAUUACAAAGCUUUAAAUUAUAAAUACUCCUUUUAUGAUUUUAGAACGCUUAAAAAAAAUAUUAAAUUAUGUAUAUAUUUGAAAAAUUUAUAUUUAAAGCAUGAUAUAUUUAAUAGUGAUAUAUUAAGUUUUUUGAAUAUUGAAGGAUAUAAAAAUAAAAAAGCGAAAAAAAAUAAAUCAACAUUAAAUGAUAAAAUAAAAACUACUUAUACUAAUGAUAAUAUUAAAUCUGAUCAACAGGUGUGUAACAUAUAUAAAGGAAAAAAUGAUGUGUCAUAUGACAUAAUAAAUAAGCACAACAAUAAUAAUGAAAAUUCUAAAAUAAAUAUGUAUACAAACAAAUAUUCAAAUAAUUAUGAUGAGCAUGAUCAUGAUAAUAUGAAAGAACAUCAUACUGUAUUAUAUAAAAAUAAUGACAAAUUAAAUUAUAAACGUUCAUUUGAUGAAAGUGAUGUGAUAAAUAAUACAGACGUGGUUAUUAAAAAAUAUAAACUCAAUAAUAUUGAUGAAGUUGUUGAUAAAUAUAAUGAUUAUGAAAAUAUCUCAGAAGGCUCUGUAGCUGUCGAAGGAGACAGAGAUAAAAUUAAAACAAUAAAGAAUUAUAAGAAUAAUCCUGAUGAUAAAGAAGAAUGUAAUAAAAAUUGUAAUGCUUACGAUGUGAAUAAUAAACGAUAUGAAAAAAUCAAAAUAGAAAUGGAUCAUCCUAAUGAUUAUAAUAAAGAAUUAGAUGAUUAUCUAUUAAAUGAUGUAUCUCAUGUAGAAAGAUAUAAUAAGCAAAAUAAAGAAGAAACUAAUAAUAUAAAAAACACAAACAAUUUUUUUUUUGAUAAUAAAAAUUAUAUGAAUAUAAAAAAAGAAGUUUAUAGCGAUGAAGAUACAAUUGAUUCUAUAGAUUCAUUGAAACAAGCUGAAAUAUUUAAGAACAAAUUUUAUAAAAGUAGAAAAAUAAAAAAGGUUUCUAAGAAAUAUUAUAUUAAUAUUUUAAAUUAUCAUUUAAAAAAUAAAGUACAUGGAUAUUCAAUUAAAUCUUUAGAUAGUUUAAAAUUAGAUGAUAAGUCUAUAUAUUUAAUAUUUUUAUUUCUAGGAAACAUUUUUACUGUUCUAUACAAUUCUUUAUUACCAUAUUGUCGUGUACAGUAUAAAUAUAAAAUGAGAAAAAAAGAAAAUCAAAAAAUUAUAAUAAAUAUAGAGGAAAAUGAAUCAAAUGGUGCUAUAUAUAAAAUAACAACAGAUAGUAAUAGUACUACUACUAAUAAUAAUAAUAAUAAUAAUAAUAUUAAUAGUAUUAGUAGUUGUAGUAGUAGUGUUAUAUGUAGUAGGACUAAUGUUCAUAGUAAUAAUUAUACAUAUGAAGAGCUGUUAUUAAAUUUUAUGCUCAUAUCAUUAUCUUAUUAUUCUGACAGUUUAAUAUUUUUAAGUUAUAAUAUUGUUCAUUGGGAUAAUCAGUCUGAUGAUAUGGAUACAGGAGGGGAUGAAGAAGAAAAAUACAAAAGGGAUGGUAAAGAUAAAAUAAAUGUAGAUCAUGAAAAAGAUGAUGAUUUAAAUGAUGACACAAAAGAUAAUAUAAACGAUAAUAUAAAAGAUAAUAUAAACGAUAAUAUAAAAGAUAAUAUAAAAGAUAAUAUAAAAGAUAAUAUAAAAGAUAAUAUAAAAGAUAAUAUUAACGUUGAUGAAGAAAAAAAUGGUUAUAUAAACCAUAUUGAGAUUUAUAGCGAUAAUGAUCAUGAAAAUAAUAGUAGACAAGAUAGAAGUAGUAUAUUAAAUGGAAAUAUUUCUUAUUGUGCUAAAAAAGAUUUAAUGGUUAUAAAAAAAGAUAAUUCUUUAUCAUCAUUUGAAAAUUCUAAUAAUAUGACAUAUAAAAAAUCUAGAAACUUAUCAAACGAUGAUAUGAAUGAUUGUGUAAUAAAACCAUCUUAUGUUAAUACGAAUAAUUAUUAUAAUUUUAGAAAGAAAGCAGAAGAUAUAUUUAAUAAUGAAAAAGAAUGUGCUAAAAUGAUAAUUCCUUUAUAUAAAUUAUUAGUAACUAGAUUAAAGAUUUGUUUGUAUUAUCCACAUUAUUUUUUCUUAGCAUGUUUAUUUAGUUAUAAAUAUGAUACAAAUUUAUCUAAUACAUUAUUAAAUUAUAUUAAACAAAAGGAUUUUUUAAAACAAGGAAAUAUUAAUUAUAUAUUUGAAUCAAGAGAAGAAAAAAAAAAAAGAAAAAGAAAAGAAAACAAACAUUUCGAAAUGAAUUAUACUUAUAAGGAUAAUAUAAAUAAUAAUAUGGAAAAUAAUAAUAUAUAUUAUUGUAAUGAUAAUAGAUUAUACCAAACAAAAUUUAAUAAUUCUAUAAAUAUAAAUGUAAAUGAUCAAAAAAAAGAUAUUAAGCAUAAUUAUGUAUGUGAUAAUUUAUAUAAGAAUAAAGAGAAUAAUAUAAAUUAUAAAGAUAAUGAAAAUAUUUUAUUUUGUUUAAUGAGAAAAUUAAAAAAUACUUGUGAUACUUUUAAUAAUAAUGUAGUGUCAUGUAAAAAUACUAUAUUGAAAAGUAACAAUAAUAUUAUAAGUGAUGAUAUAUAUAUUGGUAAUAAUAAGAAGAUAAAUUUUGAAUCUAUAAAAAAUGAUCUUACUGAAAAAAAUGAAAAUAAUAAUAAUAAUAAUGAUAAUACAUAUGAAAGUAAUAGAAUGUAUGUAAAUUAUUAUUGUGAUUAUCAUGAUGAAAAUUAUAUUUUAAAAAGAAAAGAUUAUUGUCACAACUCAAAUAAUAUCUCUUCACUACAUAAAAAUAUUGUUCAUAAUAAUGUAGAUGUAGAAGAAAAAGAAAAUAAUGGUAGAACAACAGACGGAACAAAUAAUAACAAUAAUAAUAAUAAUAAUAAUAAUAAUAAAAAUAAUAAUAAUAAAAAUAAUAAUAUGGUUAAUUCUAUAAAUGUGGAACAUAUGAAUUGUUUCAAUAUUGAAGAAUUGGAAAAAAAAAUAGAAGAUAAUCAAAUGAAUUAUUUAAAUUAUAAUAUUAAUAAUUUAAAGGUUCGAAUUAAAAAUAUAGAAAUUAGUUAUGAAGAUGUUAUUAAUGAUAUUAUUGAAGGUUUACAAAAUAUUUCUGAAAAUAAAUUGUGUAGUAAUUAUAAUUCACAAGCAGCUUAUCAUAUAUGUGUAUAUUAUUUUAUGAGAAAAAAUUAUUCCAAAUGUAUAUAUUAUAUGAAAAUAUUUAUUAACAAAGGAAUAUUUAAAAUAUGGUUAAAUGAAACAUAUAAUAAUGAUUAUUAUAAUUUAUAUUGUAAAAGAAUUAGAAGAACUGAAUUCUCGAUGAUAAAAUAUUCUACCAUAUUGUUGGAGGUAAGUAAAAAUAUUCUAAAGAAAUUGUUAGGAAAAAUUAAUUUUGCCUUAUCUAGAGAAAAGAAAAAAAGAAUAGAAGAUUUAUUUAAUAAUAAAAUAGAUGGAGAAAUUAAAAAGUUUUUAUUAUUAUCUAAAAAUGUGCACCAAAAAAAUGUAAAUAAUAGAAAUAUAAAUAAUGACAACAUAAAUUGUAAUGAUAAAUUAAAUGUGACAAAUACAAAUAUAUGUAAUAGUAAUAAUAAUGAUAUUAAUUUAAAUUAUAAGUUGGAAAUACAAAGGGAUUUUAUACAAAAAAAUAUAUAUAAAGAAAAAGAUGUAAUAAUAAUAGACGAACAUAAUAAUAAUAAUAAUAUGGUUGAUGAGCCUUAUAAUGAUAUAAAUAAAAAUGAGGAAGAUAGUGAUAAAAAAAAUAUACUUGAUCAUACAAAUAUUGUAAUAGAUGAAUGUAUAAAAGAUCAAUAUAAGGGUAUGAAUCUGAAUGAUAAACACAAUACAAUAUUAAUAAAUACAACAACUACUACUACAAAUGGAAACAAUAAUAAUAAUAAUAAUAGUAGUAGUAAUAAUUACCAUAAUUAUUAUCAUAAUAGUAAUAACUGUAUAGUUGAUCAAGCCGAAGAAGAAAUACCUAUAAAUGAAAACAAGUGGAUCUUUUUAGGAUAUGAACAUUUAGAACAUUUAAAUGAUGUUUAUGAUAUUUUAAAAAUAUUAUUCGAAUCAUAUACAUAUAUUGGUAAGAAUUUAAAAAGAUUCAAUGAUGUAGAUGCUCUAGAAGAAGUAACAUGUAUGCAUGGAUCAAAUUUAUCAAUUCAUAAUAUACUUUUUAAAAUGAUAACUGAUCAUUUAUGUUUUAUAUUCGAGGUCUUAUGUUAUUUUACUCCUUACGUUUUAAUAUAUCCCCUGAUUUUAUUAUUUACGAGACGUACAAUAAUGAGUAUUAAAUCUGAUAAUAAUAAUAAUAAUAAUAAUAUUGUAAUAGAUGAGGAUAACAAUAUUGUGAUUAAUGACGAUAAUAGUAAUAAUCAUAUGGAUGAUAAAAACAAAAUUAAGAAGAACACAACAAUAAAUAACAACAACAACAAUAAUAAUAACAAUAAUAAUAAUAAUAAUAAUAAUAAUAAUUGUAGUAGUAGUAAUAUAAAAGAAUAUAUUAAAGAUACAAUCAUGUACCUCAGAGAAGCAUAUGUAAAAGAUGAAUUAAUAUAUGAGAAAUCCACAGCAUGUAUGGAUUUAAGAAUUUUAAAAUUAUUUAGAGAAUUUCUAGCCAAUAAAACAGUUACUCUACCAUCUAAUUUAUUAUCUAGAAUGCAAAAUGUAUAUUUAAUUACAUGCAAAAAGUUAUUGUAUUACCAAAAAAGUCAAAAGGAUAUAAUAAAAAAUAUUAAUAAUAAUAUAAACAUAGGAAAUAAAAAGAAAAAAGAAAGUGUUAUAAAAUUUGUUGAUAAUGUUUUUCUUAAUGGAAACAAAACAAUUCUUUCGUCUUUCUUAAAUGAUUUUCAAAACAUGCAAUUAUUAAAAUGUAAUAAUUAUCUUAAUUGUGAGGAUAUAAAAAUUUUAACAAACAAACUUGUAUAUAAUUCUGUAUAUACAGAUAUAAAUAAGAACAACAACUCCAUGCGAAUAGAUCAAAAUACAAAAGAAAAUGAAAAUAAAAAUCUUAUGGAUAAUGUAUAUAUUAAUAAUAUUUUCGAUAGAAUUAAAAAUGAUUUAUAUAUAGACAACUUUAUUACAUAUGGAAAUACAAUUAAUACUGAAGAAGGAAAUGAACAAAUACAUAAUACUGAUGAUAAUCAUCAUAAUAAUGAAAAAACUAAAGAAAAUAAUGUAUUUAAAAAUAAUUUAUAUUAUAUCAAAAUGAAUAAUAAGAAGAAUAUAUGCUUAUAUGAUGAUUAUGAUAUUUUCAAUAAUUUAAAAACUAAAAAUGAAGCUCUUAAUUGUGUAAAUGCUAUUGUAACAGAUAUGAAUUCUUCAGCUAAAAAAAAUGACAACGCAAAUUUUAAGAAAAGAAAAACAAUUGAUUCAUCUCUCAAUGAGGUUAGAAAUUCGAUACGUGAGAGGGACUUACGAAGGCUUAAUAGAGAAAAGAGUAAAAUAUUAUAA